AUGCACUACAUCGGCCUUACUAGCCGCAUCGCGCGGUCCAUGUCGGCUGCCGUGCGUGCCCCCGGCGUCAGGCUGCUGGCCUCCCGCGACGCGUCGCUUGCCCGGCCGCUUUUCCUGCGCGCGGCCUACGGCACGGCCGUUCCCCCAUCCGAUCGCAUGCCUGCCUCCAUCCCCGGAGCCAGCGGGCCACAUCACCGCAAUCGGCCCAGUGCGGCGGAUCUCUUCGAUCUCUCCCGGCCCACUUCGCUCGGCUGCUCGCUGCUCUUCUCCGAUGACAACCCUUCGGCUCCGGGGGCCGGGGCCCCGGCCGGUGGUGCGCCCCCGGCCGCGGCUGGCGCCGCCGGCGGCAAGGGUGACGACGACGACGACCAUGACGAUGUGCCCUCGGAUGCCGACGCCCCGGCCCCGCAGUCGAAUGCCCCGCCGGCCCCCGGGCGCGUGGCCGUCGGUGGUAUCAGCACCGACGGCCCGAACAGCCCGCUGGCCACUCCGGUUCCCGGGCCGGUCAGCUCGAUCUUCGCCAUCCCAGUGCAGGAUGCCCCGCUGUUCCCCUUCAACCCCAAGACCAUCACCGUCAGCGACCUGCUGGUGGUCAAGCACCUGGUCGAGCUGACCCGCGACAACCAGGACGCCCCGAUUGGUCUCUUCCUCUCCCGGUCGACCAAGCCCUCGGACGCCAUCACCGGCCUGGAGGACAUCCAUUCGGUCGGCAUGCUGGCCACCAUCCUCCACAUUCGCCUGAUGGAUGACUCGUCGGCCCUGGUGGCGGUGUCGCCGCACCGGCGCAUUCGCGCCGAGUCGGCCGUCCUCCAUGACAACCUCAUGUACCUGAAUGUCAGCGAUCCCGACGCGCCGCCCCACACCACCGGCGUGGCCGGUGCCAUCGCCGGCGACGCCUCGGCCACCGCCUCCGAGGCUGACUCCGAUGGCGAGACCUCCUCCUCCUCCUCCUCCUCCUCCUCGGCCAGCUCCGGCGCCGGGCCCGCUGCCGCCCUGCCGAAGCCCGCCCCCCUGACCAUCAUCGAUUGUGACGCCUCCACCAUCGAGACCUACACGGCACAGAUCAUGCAGAAUAUCAAGCGUCUGUCGCACCUGAAUGAGAACUUCCUCGACACCUUCCUCCGCAAUCGGGACACCUUUACUCGGUACCACUUCAGCGGGUCGCCCCAGCAGUUUGUGGACAUCGUGUCUUCCUUCCUGCCGCAGACGUCGCCGCUGGCUCUGCAGGACCUGCUGGAGACGCCGCUGCUCAGCCUGCGCAUGAAGAAGCUCCUGGUUCUCCUCCAGCGCGAGAUCAUCAAUGCCCAGAUCAACAUCAAGGUGUCCAGCAACAUCGAGUCCGCCACGCUCAAGCGCCAGCGGGAGCAGUCCAUCCGCGAGAAGAUGCGCACCCUGCGCCGGGAGCUCGGCGUGGACAACUCCAGUGCCGACAUGCUCUUCGAGCGGUAUAGCGCCAAGCUGGAGAAGAUCCGCUCGGUGCUGCCCUUCCCGGUGCUGCGCGCCCUGGAGGAGGAGAUCAAUCGCCUGGGCGGGACGGAGACCCACUCCUCCGAAUUGUCCAUCACCCGGAACUACAUCGACACCAUCUUCAGCCUCCCCUGGGGGGUGACCAGCGAGGAGCAGUUUGAUGUUCGUCGGACGCGUGAGAUCCUGGACGAGGAUCACUUUGGCAUGGAUGAUGUCAAGAAGCGCAUCAUGCACUUUGUUGCCUCGUCCAAGCUGAAGGCCGCCGCGCGGGAGCGCUUCAUCGCCGAGAACCGCCCCAAGGAGGCCGGUGCCUCCUCGGAUGUCGCCUCUCCUGGCGAUGCCAUGGCCGAGGAGCUUCUGACCGACCGGGCCCCGGCCUCGGACGACUCCGGCUCCUCGAUGGCCGGCGACAAGGCCGAUCCCGAUGCUCUGGAUGACCCGACCGUGCGCAAGUCCCCGAUUGGCUCCAAUGCCAAGACCUUCGACGAGUUCUUCCGCAUCAUCGAGGCCGAUUCGGAGUUCCGCCACAACAACCCCUCGUCCAGUGCCCCGACCGGCGGUGCCGCUGGCAGCGGCUCCGCCGCCACCCCGUCGGACAUUAGCCCGGAUGAGCAACUCGAGCGCUACCGCCGCAUGGAGGAGGAGUACAACCAGAAGCGCCUGAGUGAGGUCCCCUCGCCGAAGAUCAUCCUUCUGGUGGGUCCGCCGGGUGUCGGCAAGACAUCCAUUGCUCGGUCGAUUGCUGCCUCUCUCGGCCGCAAGUAUGCUCGCAUCGCCGUCGGUGGUAUGGGCGACUCGAGCGAGCUCAAGGGCCACCGGCGCACCUACGUUGGGGCCCUGCCUGGUAAGGUGGUUUCGGCCAUUCGCCGGUCUGGCACCUUCAACCCACUGAUUCUGAUUGAUGAGAUCGACAAGCUGUCGGCCCGCAAGAGCGGCAACUCCUCGGAUCCGGCGUCUACCUUCCUGGAGAUCCUGGACCCGGAGCAGAAUUACAACUUCGUGGACAACUACCUGGACUUCCCGAUUGACCUGAGCGAUGUCCUUUUCGUGUGCACAGCCAAUGCCAAGAACGAGAUCCCCCUGCCCUUGCUGGAUCGCAUGGAGGUGAUCGAUGUCAGUGGGUACACCCCGAGCGAGAAGCGUGCCAUUGCCGAGCGCUAUCUCAUCCCCACGUCCAUCAAGGCCACCGGGUUGACGGAUUACCGGAUUUCCUUCGAUCCGCGCGCUCUGAGCUCCCUGGCCGAUGAGUGGUCCAAGGAGGCCGGUGUCCGGUCGCUCAAGAAGUCCGUCGACCGGCUGAUGCAGGCCCUGGCCUAUGACAUUGUCCUGGAGGAGCGCCCGGUCGACCAGGAAAUCCGUCUGACCAAGCCGGACCUGGAGCGCCUCCUUGGCCCGUCGCCUCAUGGCGAUGCGCGCAUCUACACCUCCGACAGUGGGUUCCUGCCGCCGGGUGUGGUCCAGGUUCUUGCCUACACCCAGAUUGGUGGAUCCUUCCUCUUUGUCGAGGCCCUGGCCCUGGAGCAGAUCCCGGAGGAGAAGGUCUCCUCCACCGGAGCCAUCAUCAAUGAUGAGGGUGUUACCCCGGCCACGCCGCCCGGCCGGCCGGCCCUGCCGGAGCGCGUGACCACCACCCUCCAGGAAACCGGCCACCUGGGCAAGAUCAUCAAGGAGAGCACGGCCCUGGCGCUGACCUUCGCUCGCCACUAUGUGGCCACCCACUACCCGGAGAACAACUUCUUCCGCCGGACCCCGAACAUCCAUCUGCACAUGCCGGAGGCCGCCAUCUACAAGGAUGGCCCGAGCGCUGGCAUCACCUUUGCCACGUCGCUGGUGGGCCUGGCCCUCGGCCGGGGUGCUCGCUGCGAUGUGGCCAUGACCGGCGAGCUGUCGCUGGGUGGCAAGCUCCUGGCCAUCGGCGGUGUCAAGGAGAAGAUUGUGGCCGCCCAUCGGCUGAAUGUUCGGUGUGUUGUUCUCCCGGAGGCCAACCGUCCGGAUUGGGAUAAGCUUGAUGAUUCGCUCAAGGCCGGGGUGUCGCCCAUCUUCGCCAACAGCUUCCAGGAUGCCUUCCCGUACAUUUUCGGCGACCUGCCCCUGCCGGAGCCGGAGAUCCCGGCCGCUCCGGCUCUUGACUAAGGAGGAGGACCGACACGAGAGGAAAGGGAAGACGAUGAUGACGCACCUCCAGGCGUGACUCGAUUCCUGUGAUCCCCCCCCCCCCUUUCUUCCCAAGGACAUGGAGCAGGCUCACGCCUGAUGCUGUCCCUUUCAUGGUGAACGUCCAGGGGGACGGGGAGCUCCCAUCGGCCAUGCGUUAGUAUCUCUUCCAUGCCCCCCUCCGGCCACUGCCCUUCUUUUCCGCCGCCGGAUCCCCCCCUCUCUCUCUCUCUCCCUCCACGCCCUCCCCGGCGCGCACCCUGAUAAAUGGCGCACAAGCCUGCGCGUGUGUAAGCAUGCACACGUGCGUCCUUCUCCUCUUGACCUGGACAUCUACCAUGGGGAUGUCCCCUGUGUCCCCCUCCUCCAUCUCUUCUCCUCCCCUAAAUGGUACAAUCCUCCAUCCCACCUCAUUUCCCUCUUGUGGAGGUACACUUGAUCAAUAAUAAAUACACUUGCAUAGACACAA